AUGACUAGUACGGAAAAAACUAGUGACGUGAAAUCAACGUCGUCACCCAUGAAAACUACUGCGAAUGUUAAUACAAAACAAAGAGUAUGUGACACUGUUCCUGAGCCACCUGCACGUCGUUUGGACAUCGGAGAUUUAUAUUCUAAUCCAUCGGAUCCAGCUAAUAAGCCUGAUUUGGAAAAGCUCAAGCAGCAUCUUCUCCUUGAAGGUCGUCUUACUGAACAAGCGGCACUUCGAAUCAUUGAAUCCGGUGCUGCUGUCCUACGUGAAGAACCAACUUUAUUAACAAUUGAAGCACCAGUAACAAUCUGCGGUGAUAUCCAUGGACAAUUGUAUGAUUUAAUGAAAUUAUUUGAAGUUGGCGGUCCAGCAGGUGAAACUCGUUAUUUAUUUCUUGGCGAUUAUGUUGAUCGUGGCUAUUUCGGAGUGGAGUGUGUACUAUACCUAUGGUCAUUGAAAAUCCAUUUCCCCAAACAAUUUUUUUUACUCAGAGGCAACCAUGAAUGUCGACAUUUGACCGAUUACUUUACUUUCAAACAAGAAUGUCAAGUGAAAUACACUGACAACGUCUAUGAUGCCUGUAUGGAAGCGUUCGAUUGUCUUCCAUUAGCAGCAAUCAUGAACAAUCAGUUUUUAUGUGUGCACGGUGGUCUUUCGCCUGAAAUUCAAACAUUGGAUGAUAUUAAACAAUUAGACCGAUUUCAUGAACCACCAGCACAUGGUGCUAUGUGUGAUCUUCUUUGGUCGGAUCCAGCCGAAGAUUAUGGUAAUGAAAAAGGAUCGUUAACAUUAGUCGCCACACGUCGAAUGAGUGCACCAGCCAAAUCGACAACGACCUCAACGAAUGGAUCAUCUCUCUACUUACCCAACGCGACACGUGGCUGUUCGUAUUUUUACACAUAUGCUGCUGUUAAUGAAUUUCUUAUACGUAAUCAGAUACUCUCCGUCAUUCGUGCUCAUGAAGCUCAAGAUAUUGGUUAUCGUAUGUACAAAAAGUCGCCUGAUACGGGUUUUCCUUCGUUAAUAACCUUAUUUUCGGCACCCAAUUAUUGUGAUGUUUAUCAAAAUAAAGCAGCAAUUAUGAAAUAUGAAAAUAACGUUGUUAAUAUCCGACAAUUUAAUUGUUCGCCGCAUCCAUAUUGGUUACCUAAUUUUAUGAAUGUUUUCAACUGGUCAUUACCAUUCGUUGGAGAGAAGAUCAACGAUGUUCUACUGAAAAUUCUGAACAUAUGUACAGAUGAAGAAUUAGCUGAAAUUGACGAACAUAUCGAUUCUUUGAUCGAACGUAAUCAAAUGGAACAACGAAAAGAACAAAUUCGAUCGAAGAUACGUGCCGUCGGUAAAGUUGCUAAAACCUACCAAACUUUACGUGAACUUAGUGAAAAUGUUGUUACACUACGUGGUUUAACACCCUCGAAUAGUUUAACUGAAUUAGACAAAGAAAUAACCAGUGAAGCCGAAGCUGCUGCCUCGAUUCUUCGAGAAAAGGCUUCGUCAACCAAAGAACGCUUUUCGAAAGUGAAAAUACUCGAUCAAGCUAAUGAACGUAUGCCACCACCAAAGAAUACAAAUCCAUUGGGUGGACCAAGCGUUGCCGAACUUAUCAAACAAGCAUCAAGUAUUAGUCAAUCAUCCCAACCAAUUAAACGAGAAACACCAGCAGCUAUUCUAGCUGGUGUUUCACAACAAGGUAUCGUCAGAAUGCGACGUGAAAGUUAUGCUGGUGUACCAUCAACAGCACUUCGACGCUCCCCAACACCAGUGGUGGAAAUACCGACGCUUGUUGAUGGAAAAUCAACAACGACAGGAAACAAAUAA